GUCAGCGGGGACUAAGGAGAUGGCUGCGGAGCCCCGUCGAGCCCGGCUCCCGCUUCUCUGUCCUGCUUGCUGAGCUCGAGCGGCAGCUGCCCGCCCGUCCUACCGCCCGAAGUCGAGAAUGGCGGAGCUGGCGGCAGGAGAGGCGCCGCCACGGGGGCGCACUCCCAGCCCGCUCCCGCUGCCCGGGCCGCCCAGUCCGCGCCCGGCCUUGGCCCCCGCCUGUCCGCCGCGCAGUCCGGAGCCGUCCGCGGCCGAAAGAGCAGUGCCGGGAGGCGGCGGAGGCUCGAAGUGGGUCCGGCUCAACGUGGGUGGCACCUACUUCGUGAGCACCCGCCAGACCCUCUGCCGCGAGCCCAAGUCUUUCCUCUGCCGCCUUUGCUGCCAGGAGGGACCCGAACUGGGCUCAGACAAGGAUGAGACAGGAGCAUAUCUCAUUGAUAGGGAUCCCACGUAUUUUGGUCCGAUCCUGAACUACCUCCGGCAUGGAAAACUCAUAAUAAAUAAGGAGCUGGCAGAAGAAGGAGUGCUGGAGGAAGCUGAAUUUUACAACAUUGCAUCUCUAGUACGACUUGUGAAGGAGCGAAUACGGGACAAUGAAAGCAGGACUUCUCAAGGACCUGUCAAGCAUGUGUACAGAGUCCUGCAGUGUCAAGAGGAAGAGCUCACCCAGAUGGUGUCUACUAUGUCUGAUGGCUGGAAAUUUGAACAGCUAAUCAGUAUUGGCUCGUCCUACAACUAUGGAAAUGAGGACCAAGCAGAAUUUCUCUGUGUUGUAUCCCGAGAGCUCAAUAACUCUACCAAUGGUAUCGUCAUAGAGCCUAGCGAGAAAGCAAAGAUACUUCAGGAGCGAGGAUCCCGGAUGUGAGCUGAACAUCCAAUACUUUAAAACUCCCAGAUGUCAAAAGGGCAAUCUAGCUGGGCAGAGCAUUUCUUCUGCAGUCCAACCUUGCUUUUGUACAGUAAUCAAAAUAACACAAAGCAAAGCUGAGCCUGUCCUGCCAGUGGAGAAUUAAUCCUGGUAAAAUCCAAAGGCUUGUCCCACCCCAGUUGCAGAAAGCAAAGAGGAAAGAAGAGAGACUUCCAGCUUGAUAGCCCCCUUUCUGUUCUGUCUCCUCCCCUUCUUGGCAUGGUAUAAUUUUUUUUCCUAACAAGUGUGUUUAUUUGUUGUUUUGUUGCAAGGAAUGCCCAGGCCUCGUUAGUCUGGAGUAACUGACAGAGAACCUUGCUCGAACAGUGCCAUUUCUUAUACCUAAGUUAGGGAAUGAGUUACUCAAAUGUAAUGAAAAUGAAUUUGGAGUGUCUAAAUUAGAAGCUUUCCUUAGUGUUUGUCUUUAUGUAGCGGAGUGGGGGGUGUCCCUCAGCCUUUUUCAUUCUUUCUUUAUAUUUGUUACUGACUCAGAUGCUAGUUAGGACAUUUAAAAGACUGUAGGGGAGGGGCAGUUAUAUCUACCAUUGGGCCUUGGCUGAAGGUUUUUCUUCUGGUAACACUAAAAUGUGAGAUCUAGGCAUUUCUUAGAAUGUAGUUUAGACUUCAUGCAUCUUUACAAAUGUAUGAUCACCCACCCCAAGCUUCAGAUUCUGUUGUAUCAUCUCUUAUUAUCUCAUUAUCUAAGAACAGCAGCAAUGGAGAUUAUGGGGUUUUCCGCACAGGGUUUCCCAUCAGUUCUGAUACCAUGCUGCUUUGAUUUAUCCCCUGAUUUCUGCACACAGUUUUUUGCCUUUAGUUUUCUCUUCGGUUUUUUUGGUAUCUUCUCCAUUUUUUCUGGUACUUUUGAGAACUUUUACCCUGAUCUUUUUCUGGAAGUUAUUUUUUUUUCCUUCACCCAUAAUGAUUCUUUAGGUUUUGUUUGUCCCACACACUUGUACCCACUUUUUAAUGACUGGAUUUUCGUCAUCAUUAUUGAACCACUCCUCCCCACACCCUUCCUUUCCCCCCCCCUCUCCUUUUUUAAAAAUCAUCAUUUUUGUAGGAUUCUAUCUACCUACUGUAGGCAGCAGAUUCUCUGAAUUCCCAGCUUUCAUUAAAAAACAAGUGAAUCUGUAGCCCAUCCCAUUGCAGAGAUAUGCCUUUUUCCUUAUAUCUCUACAUGGAAAGAGUCUUGGGACUUACUUUUUUAAAAUGAAAGCUGGGCAUUCAUAGAAUCUACUACAUGGAUUGUUAUAAUGGUAGACUGAUACAAUGCUAUGAAAAUGACAAAAACCCUGAUGUUCCAGUGGAGGGGCGGGGAUGACCAUUUCUGGUUCCAGACAGAGCAGCACGUUGCUGCUGCUCUGGGCUCUGUCCCAACAGAGAUUGAUUUGCCCCGCCAGUGCCAGCCUCUACCUCCUAGCUCUGGUUCAGCCCUUAUAUUGAUAUAACAUCAUAAGCAUGCACAAACAAUAAAAAGGAGAGUGCUGUGAUGUCACUGAUGAUGUCGCUGAUGACGACAGCACCCUCACUUGAAAAUCCUGAUUAUUUUAAAGCAUGUAUAGAACAAAAUAAACUGACUCCACAACUGUAAAAAUGCAAAAGGAGGGCAGACGUGCAGAAGAACCAUACACAAAUUGAUUCGAAUGCUUCGGGUUAACUGCUAAGAAAAUUAUAAAUGUUAAGUGUGCAGAAAAGCCCCAAGUCCUAUUUGUCCUGCCUGCUGGAGCCUGGAAAUUAGUCCCUUGGUUUAAUUUAAAACUACUCUCUUAUCUGGCGGAUUUUUUCCUGCCAAGUUCAGCUUUGCCUUGUCUCCAACAGCAUGAAAUGACCGCCUUGUUCCCUUGCUGUCCUGCAUAAAAGCAACUUUUCGUUUGUACUAUAGUUAAUUUGAUAGGCUUUUACAAUUCUUACCCAAUACACUUGGGGGAUGAAGGGUCCCUUAUUUACACAUGGUGAUUCUGCACCUGCAGCUCUCCCCUCCCUUUAUUAUGUCAUUUUACCCAAAAGAACUAAGGGGCAUUGUGCAGAUUUGGGAGGGGGGAGGGGUAGUGUUGAAAGUUGCCAAACUGUUGUGAUGUCUAAUGUCUAGUGGUGUGUUAACUUUUCUGUAAACUUUUUUUCCCCUUUGGAAUGCCUUGAAUGGAUGUGAAAAUGCUGUGCCUCUCUUGAAUUCUAAUCUUAGCCAAAUGGGACUCGCUGAUCUUGUCAGUGAAUUUGUGCCAUUCCCAAUCAGUGAAAUGUCCCCUUCUAGUGGUUGGUAAAUUUGAUUCCCUUAAGCGUUUGCUGCAUGAUACCUCCCUUCCACAUCCUGGCUUUGUUCCUUGCUAGUCGUCUUGGCUUCUGGGCCCGUUGAGUUAAGCCCCAAACAUAUGAAAGAAAAAUUUCAGAUCAAAAGGGAAUACUUUGGUCUCCCUGAGGCAACAACGAAAAUUCGCAUAUUAGCCUGUGAUCAGAAGACCCCCUGAUUCCAAUUGGAGUUCUUAGAAUUUCCCACCAACGAAUUGCAGUCACUGUGUCUUUUUAAUGUUAAUGGUGUUGGGUCACUUGGCUUCCUAUUUUGUUUCUUCCUUAAGGGAUGAGGGGGGAGAACAGGGAGAGGGGUGCUGCUAAGGGCAAGGAAGGAUCUUCUCAUGGAUGCAGGCAAGGAGUUCGAGUUGGGCACCCAGUCCUCCCUGUCCCACAUCCUCCAUUGAUCUUCAGUUUUGCUGUGCGUAUAUCAGUGAGCUUCCCCGCCACUUCUGCCAAUAUACCUCCACUAAAGUUUUGGAGGGUUAGGCUUGUGAUUAACAAUGACUAGUUUAGUCUCCGUAACAACGGACUGUGCCAAAGGUCUUGAGACUCUUAAUUGUCAGUGACAGGCUACUGAGACUCCUCUGGCUCCAUACUGUGUUGAGUUAAACCAGCUGGCCUCUCCUACCCUGACCUUCCUGUCUAUAAUGUGUUGGUGUUGGCACGAUUAAGACUGUAUGUCUUGGCUGGAUAUAACUAACACUGUGAUGUGUAUAUAAAUCUGAGUAUCUUGUACUUUCAGCCAUUGUCAGUGUAUGUCCACAACUGAGAAAUAAUCAGCUGUGUGUAUGCUGUUAGACUGUAUAAGAACCACAGAUGUAUAGCAUUCAUGUGUAUCCUCAUCGUCUCUCCUUUUUCCCCAGGGUGGGAGGUGGGGAGUAGUAUUAACUGAAAGAAGGAAAAGGCUGGUGAUGCCAAGAGUAGCUGCCAUUUCCAACAUGGCCUAGCCCAACUCCUUCCCCACCUUGCUGGGCAUGUAGCAGGGUUGGGUGUGCUUGGAAGGAGACCUUACUGUGUAGCUUUAGCUGACCACAAUAAAUACCUCAUUGCUUUAUUUUAUUUUGUGGCUGCCAAAAAAACACCAUUCAUGGAGAAGUCCCAUUAGAAGAGGACUGAUGUUAGGAUAGCAGCCUGGAUAAAAGGAAUCUCAUUCUUUUGCCCACACCACCAUGUAGGGUUGCCAGGUCCAGGUCGGGAAAUUCCUGUAGAUUUUGGGGGUGGAGCCUGAAGAGGAUGGGGUUGGGGAGGGGAGGGGCCUCAGUGGGGUAUAAUUCCAUAGAGCUUGCCCUUCAAAGCAGCCAUUUUCUCCAGGGGAACUAAUCUCUGUUGCCUGGAGAUCAGUUGUUAUUCUGGGAGAUCUCCAGCUAUGACCUGGAGGCUGGCAAGCCUACCACCUUGCCAUUGGGAAUAGAUAAAGAAGAGGGGGCGAAUCAUGUUAUGAGAGAAGCCAUGACUUUCAUGACACAGCAAGAGUAGAGAUUUGUUUCCUUGUACUAAGGCUGGAGCUGACCUCCUCUGUGACAGUCACAUAGUCCUGUGUGUUUCCACCUAAUAAAUAGGGCAGUCCUAUCCUAUGUACUGCAUUCUUUUGACAAAUAGUGAGAUUUAUUGUGGAUUUAGUUCUUCACUGGAAUACAGCUGCCUUCACUUUACCCUCCCUUCUCAAACACUCUCAGCUAAAAGUAAUUAAACUUGUUGGAUCCCUCCCUGGAAUGGCAAGCUGUUUAGUUGGAGAUAGAAACAGUAUUAGGGAUUGGAAAGGCUAUUAGCUUUCCCAGUAUAAGGGCUUGAAAUCCAACUACUGCGAGGUACUGUUCCAGGUCAUCCUGUUGUGAUACUCUCUUCUUUCCCUGCCACAGCAGGUCACUUUGGUCCCUGUUAGUCUCAACUGGCUUCCAUUUCCUACACCAAUUGCACCUCUGUCUUUAUAGCGACAGGGCUUUUCCUUCCAUUUGCCUUUAUAUUCAUCAAAAUGUUUUCUCCUAAGCUGUAAAGCUAGAAAAGUCCUGUUACCCCUGCAGAAGGCAGUCAAAUUGGGGAGAAAGAAGAUGGCAUGAUGGAUAUGAAUUUGGGUGAUUUUUGCAUCUCUUGGGAAGGUUUUCUUAAAACCAUUAGCUAGCCCCUGGGGACUAGUAGCAAGUCCAGUUUCCCAGUGGUCAGUUGUUCCGUUAUAGCAAGGUUGGAGCUAACCUCUUAUAAAAGUGUCUUUGUUUCUGCACAUUUUUAAUCAAUUUUUCUCAGGGGUGACUGAGUGGUCCGAGGUGGGUGGGGGAGAUUAUCCACAAAGGGGCUGGGGGUGGCUCCUCGGAUCUCCACAGCUGGGCCGUGGGCUCCUCACCCUCAGGUUUUGCCUGCAAAUCUAGAGGUUUUGUACAGUUUGUCACAUGUCAGUGCCCUUUGCUACUGUUUCUCUUUGUUUAUUAAAUGUGUUUGAAUAAUAAUGGAGAUGCUGUGAUUUUUUUUUUCCAAUAAAGAUUCUGACAUGA